AUGCUAAAAAUCAAUAUAGAGGUUCAAACUGUUUAUUUUUAUAUUGAUUCUGACAAUUCGUAUUGUAACAUGCAACUUAAUGAUUGUAAUAAUAUUAAACUUAAACUAGCCAUAACAACUGUCGUUUUGAAUAAUUAAUUAAGAUGUAAAUGUUAUGAACAAUAAGACAUCUAUGAAAAAGUUGAAAUUCUAAUCCCAUACAAUUAAAGAAACAAAAAUAAAGUAACCUAUUUUAAUAUCAAAAAGCUCAAACUCAUUUUUUAUGAAAAUCUUAUAAAAUUUGGAGAAGCAAUCUUUAAUCUUGACUUCUACAUCGAACAUAACCUAUCUUAAAUUUCGGAUAGAUUAUCAAUUUAAUGUGAUCAAAAUGAAGAAGCACAGUUAACUUUCAUUUUCGAAUGGUAACUCAUCGAAAGUUAACCUGAACCAAAUAUAUAAAUUUUAGAUAAUUGUUAAUCUACUAGUAGUCCUUAAAGCAAAGAAAUUUCAUAAAGAAAUGCUUGUUACAGUCCGAAGAGAUAAGAAAAAUCAAAAAAAAGUAGUGAUGAAAAUAGAAUUACUCACUAAUCAUAUAUCUAAUGGAAAGAUCAUAAGGAAUAAUUGAAAGUUUAAUAAGAGAAAAAAUUGAAGGAACCAAAACCAUAAUCUAAAGUAGUCAUUACUGAUGAUUAUGUGUGGUCAAAUCAAUUGAGAAAACCAGAUGUGUAUGUAAGAGUUGGAUCUCCUCCCAAACGAUUCGCCACUCCAACUAAACAAUUCAAAAAAAUAUAUUGUUCUAUCAAUGAACAGCCAAAGCAAACUGAUCUAGAUUUAAAGGAUAUCAAUGAUAAAAUGAAUGUUGUUAAAAAGUAAAUAUAAUCAAUGAAUUAACAAAAUAAAAAGAGUGAUGAUGAAAAAAGAAAAUACAAAACAAAAUUGGGAUCAAAGUAAAAGUAUUGUUAAUAAGAAGAAAUUAAAACCUAAUCUGAGGACAUUGUCAAAUCAUUUUCUGAUAGAGGGUGGAAGUAAAAAAUUAUGAGCUAAAAUAAUGAAAACUAUGAUUAAUUUUAACUGAAUACUUUUAAUUAGGUUACAGAACAACAAUACCCAGAGCAAAAUACUGAUCCUUAUUAAGAAAUUCAGAUAUUAAAACAAGGGUUGCAAUAACAAGAUCACAAAUCUAGAAGUCCUAAAACAAAAAAUUAAAAUUAACAAGCUAAUUAUUCACCAAAAGGUAAAACUUAACACUAGGAUGACAAUUUUAAGAGUGUAAAAUAGGUUGAUAAUGGUAAUUUCGUAGGUGAAAAAUAUGAAUAAUUUUUAAGAGAUUAUUUAGAUUUAUAGGAUAAAUUAUAAGGGUCUUAAAUAGAAUUCUAGUUAUUAUCUUAAACAUAUUAAUAAUUAAAAGAAGAGUACACUUAGGUUGUGUACUAAAAUUAAAAAUAUUAUUAAUAAAUACAAAGUUUAUAAUAAUAAUUUCAAUAGAAGAUAAAUUCUAUCGAUUAAUCCUCAUAAUAAGCAUAGUAUAUAUAAGCAUAAUCUAAUUAAAAGUAAUAAUAGUAAUAAUAGUAGUAAUAAUAAUAAUAGUAGUAAUAAUAGUAAUAGUAGUAAUAAUAAUAGUAGUAGUAAUUGUAGUAGUAAUAACAAAAACAAUAAUAAUACCAAUAAUCGUAGUAAUAACAACAAUAAUAGUAGUAAUAGUUAUUAUAAUAAUAACAGUAAUAAUAUUAAUAAUAACAACAGCAAUAAUAAUAGGAAUAAUAUUUAUUAAAAUAGUAAUAGUAACUAUAAUAGUAAUAAUAAUGUUAAUAGCAAUCUUAACAAAAUUAAUAAUAAUAAAAUUAAUAUUAUUUAUAAUAAUUAACCUAACAAUAAUAAAAUAUUGAUUUUCUCAAAAAAGAAAAUGAAUUAAUUUAGAGAGAAAAUACUAUGUUGAAGCAAAACUAUGAAUUAUUAUAAUAAAAUCUAUAAGUUUUACAAAACGAGAAGGAAAAAAAUUAAUUUGAAAUCUAAAAUCAUAAAAAUAGCCUAGCAAUUUUAAAUUAAGAAUUAGAAAAUUUAUAAAAGAAAUUAGAUUUAGUAAAUAAUUAUUAGCAGAGUCAUGCAACCUCAACAUAAGCUAAUACUGCAAAAUUUGACCUUAGGACGGAUAUACAAUAAAUUAAUCAGUUAAAAACAAAACUAGAAAACUCUGAAUUAAUAUCAUAAGGUUUGAGGGAAGAAUUAAAUUCAUUAAAAUAGAACUAUGUUUAAUAGGAAAAAGAGAAUUAAAAUCUUAAGAAAUAGGUUGAUAAUCAAAACCAAAUGAUUGAAUCUUUAGAGGAGGAAAUUUAAAGAUCAAAAGAGUAAUUAGAGUAGAAGAAAUAGGAAAUAAUAAGACUUGAAGCUUUUAGCAAUAAGGAAAAUACAAGUGAUGUUAUAGAUGGUUAUAAAUAAGUAGUAAGGAAUAAAUAACAAGAGCUAAACAACAAGGAAGAAGAAAUUAAAUAGUUAAAAUAAAGAAAUAAGUAAUUAGAAAGUGAAUUUAAAGAAGAAUAAGAAAAUAAUUAAAUAAUGGUUUCAUAAUUAAAUUUACAAUUAAAAUAAGUAUAAUAGUAGAUUGAUAGAUUAUAACAAGACAAUCAGAAUUAUUAAUAACUGUAGUUAAAAAAACCCAAAGUUUCAGAAUAACACUCUUAGUAAAUAAUUAAUUAAUUAAAAGAUAAGACUAGGAGUAAAAGAAUACUGUUUAAUAUUGCCAAGAAUUUAGUUUUAAGCCAUCUGUGAUUAAAGGUGAAGACUUUGAAAACUAGAAUGAUAUUUUAUAAUAAGAAGUCAAUCAAUUGAGAUAGGAAAUUAAUUAAUUUAGUAUAUAAUAGGCUUAUUAAAUUUUAGUUUUACAAAAAUAGAAGGAUGAUAUAAAAAUCAAGGGUUUAUCUGAAGAGUUAGAAAUAUAGAAGGUAUUUGUUAUUACUAAUUUAGAAUAUCACUAGUUAUCAGGAAAAUGAGUAGUUAAAAUUAAAAAAUGAAUUAACAGCUACGGAAGCUUAGUUAUUAACAUAAAAAUAGAGGAUUGCAGAUAUCCUUAAUUCAAUCAUGAUAAAGGGAGAUGCAAAACUGAUGGAUGGACUUGAAAAGUUGAUAUAAAAUAAAGGAUUAGUCUCUUUGAAAUGA